AUGCUUGCGUUGCUGGCUGGGGCAGCGCCAGCGCUGGCGCUCCCGACGCGAGUGUGGCCGCGAGCCUUUGCGACGAUGAGCGAAAUGAGUGGAAAGUUUGACGAGCUUGAGGCGACGAAGAGGCAGCUGGCCGAGGCUGUCGAGAACGAGCGCUACCGAGAGGCAGCAGAGCUCCGUGACGCCUUGGAUUCCCUCGCUUCGGACGAGGAGGUGGCAAUCCUGGCGGCGAACGAUGAGUUCUACACCGCCUUCAGCGGCAAGAGCGUCAAGGCGAUGGAGGCAGUCUGGGCUGGCUGCGACGAGGACAGCUGCCCUGUCAUGGAGGAAGUCUUUUGUUCCCAUCCGGGCUACGCAUUCGUCACAGGCCGCCAAAACGUGCUUGAGUCGUUCGGCGACAUCUUUCAAACGACGCCACCGAUGCGGGUUCGCUGCCUCGUCGACAGCGUGCGGCUGCUGCGAGGCGGUCUCUCCGCAGUAGUUACGUGUAGGGAGAUUGUCGGCGGCGCCGACGAGAAGCCGACCGCCGGCGGCGGCGCCGCCGGGCCAGAGCUCGUAGCGAUCAACAUCUUUGAGAAGGGCGAGGAUGGCGCAUGGAAAUUGGUCAUGCGCCAGGCGGGCCCUUGCCGUGCGCAGGCGCGGCCGUGUGCCGACAACAUAUCUGUGUAG